UCAGACACAGUGCCACGUCAGCAGUGCCACGUCAGACAAUGCCACGUAAGCAGUGCCACGUCAGCAGUGCCACGUCAGACACAGUGCCACGUAAGCAGUGCCACAUCAGCAGUGCCACGUCAGCAACAUGACGGGCCUGCCAGGCCAACUGGCCAAUGAGCCCAUUGCCGACUACAAGAAGCGUUUCCAGGCUCAGCUCGCUGUAAUCGAGGCUGAGGAACAACGCCAGCUGGCAGCCAAGGCUGCCCAGCUACAGGCUGACAAAGCGGCAGCAGCAGAGAAGCUGCGGCUACAGGCCGAAGCAGACGCAGAUGCCCAGGCUCGCCGCAAGGAAGCCCAGGCUCUACUGCAGCGGCAUGAAGCCAGCAGCAUCGAGAAACUCAAGUACUGGCAUUUUGAACCGAAUGGCGACGAGGCAACACCGGAAGAGCAGCAUAGGGAGUUCAUGGCCAAACUCGUGAGCAGGUUGGUUUACACGUGUAACCACCUACAGUCCGAGCUGGCAAACCUCCAGCGGGCCGUGCGGAAUCAUAAGACUCAGCACGAGGAUGCAACACGGGCACUGGACGCCCGUGUACUAGGCCUGGAACAGGCUGUACCAGGACCAGAUGUUGGGGCUUCCAGCAGUGCAUCCUCUAGCCGCAAACUAGAGGAACGCGUUGACCACGUAGUGGCAAUGCUAGGAGACAUAAGUGCCUUCACAGAGCCGGCCACCAUCAGCCAGCGGCUCGAAUUGCUGGACACUAAGAUCAGUCAGCAACAGCAGACUGACCACAGCCACAACAACAGCUCGGCGACACCAUACGAGAUGCCGACGUUCCGGAUCGAGAAAUUUGAUGACUACACACAUCAAGACCCGGUCGUCUGGUGGCAAGGAUUUACAACGGAGUUGGGGAUUCACGAAGUCUUUGACCAUCUGUUCAUCAGUGCUCUGUUCAUCAACACCAAGGGAGGUUGUCAGAUCUGGCUCAGCCACAUGGCAACCAUCCACGGCGUCCAGGUUUCAGAUUUGUACAAGAAGGUCUCCUUGGAGGACAUGACAAAGGAAUGGAAGAAGCGGUUCAUCGUCGACGAUGCCCCGGCACUCGCCAUGAACCGCAUCUUCACGAUUGCUCAAGGGAGCACACCGACACCUUCGCCGCAAUCUAUCGCCGGGGAUUCGACGUCAUGGUCAAGACUUGAAGAACUCGACCCAUUGACGUUCACGGACUUCCAGUGGAUGCCCACUCCCUCGACCGGACGAUUGCCGAAACCGCAUUGCAACGUGCUUAUGGCACAAUUGCGGGACUACUUGCACACUGCAGUACCAGCUUCGUUGAUGGACGCCGAAGUAGAGGUUGUCGACCUUCACGCUUACAUCGCAAAGAUCGACCGCGAGUUCAAGACGCAACGCUGCCACGUGGUAUCCGCCGCAAGCAUGGGAGCAUCCAACAUCAGAGACGGCAUCGAGGAGAUGGGGGUGUGUUUUCUCCACGCCCUCCCGCCCCGAGACGCUUCAUCGACGGACUCAYCUUCGGAUCCACGCAUCACCGAACUUCUCGACGCCUACAGCGACGUGUUCGAAGGCCCGCACGGAGUAGUACCGGAUCGACCCAUCCGCCACGAAAUCAUCCUCGAGGACGGGGCCGUACCUCCGCGCGGUUGCAUCUACCGAAUGCGCGAGGAAGAGUUAAGUGUGCUUCGCGCACAACUCGACGACCUUAUAGAGAAAGGCUGGAUUCGGCCUAGCUCAUCGUCAUACGGUGUUCCUGUUCUCUUCGUUCGGAAGAAGAACAAGGACCUGCGGUUGUGCAUCGAUUAUCGCAAGCUCAACGCGCAGACGAUCAGGAAYGCCGACCCUCUCCCACGCAUCGAUGACCUUCUCGAGCGAUUGGGCGGCGCUCAGUUCUUCUCUAAGCUGGAUCUCAAGUCAGGGUACCACCAACUCGAGAUUCGCAAGGAGGAUCGCUACAAGACCGCGUUCAAGACACGGUAUGGGCAUUUCGAAUGGCUGGUCAUGUCGUUUGGCCUUACGAAUGCCCCAGCCACUUUCCAAACGGCUAUGACAAUGGAGUUCCGACACAUGCUGGAUCGUUUCGUACUUAUCCACCUUGACGACAUUCUGGUCUACAGCCAGAGUCUUGACGAGCAUGUGGAACACCUGCGCACCGUUUUGGAGCGGCUACGACAGGCCAAGUACAAAGCAAACCACGACAAGUGCGAGUUCGCACAGCAGGAGYUGGAGUACUUGGGACACUAUGUGACGUCGCAAGGCAUUCGGCCGCUUGCGGACAAGAUCGAGGCCCUACGAUCGCCAAAGGUGCCAUUCGUAUUCGAUGACGACGCACGCCGGUCAUUCCAAGCACUUAAGACGGCUAUGCUCAUGGCACCCGUUCUUAGCAUCUAUGACCCCACCCUGCCGACGCGAGUGACUACGGUCGCUUCCGGCUAUGGCAUUGGGGCAGUUUUGGAACAGCACGAUGGCGACGACUGGCACCGUGUGGAGUAUUUCAGCCACAAAGUGCCUCCCAUCAACUCGCUUGAUGAUGCAAGGAAAAAGGAGCUGCUCGCAUUUGUGAUGGCUCUCAAGCGCUGGCGGCACUUCCUCCUUGGGCGUCGUAGGUUCAGAUGGGUCACAGACAACAAUCCAUUGACCUACUACAAGACGCAGGAUACAGUGAGCAGCACAAUCGGACGAUGGAUGUGCUUCAUCGACCAAUUUGACUUCACACCGAAACAUGUUUCGGCCUCUCCAAUCGCGCAGCAGAUGCACUCUCGCGAUUUGCGCUAUGACACAUCAUGCCUUUGCAUUCGACAAGGAGCUUCAGCGACACUUCAUCCGGGUAUAUCACAUCUAACGGUCCAUCCGGUCUUCCGCGCCUCGAAGCUGGCAACAUACACGCCAGCCAAGAGCGACGACUUUCCGGGCCGACGAUCGCAGGACCCUCCCUCUAUGGAUGGUCAUCAGGAAGUUGACCGCGUCAUCUCCGAUCGCAAGUACGGCAGCAAGUCGCGGCAGUAUAAAGUCACAUUCAAAGCAUGCGAUCGCGACGACACUCGAUGGAUUUCAGGCGCAGAUCAGAAAGCAUCCGCACCGUUGAUCUACGCGCAUUAUGAAAAGCGGAGGUUAGCUCAGGAAGCUUCACGACCAGCCCCUCCCACCGGGACUGUGGUCCCUCCCUCAGACAGACAGCUUCGCCCUCGCAGAUGGGAUCAUACUCACAAUGCAGGGGGAUACAAUCACGAUAAUGAGGAUGAUGGUGAUAUUAAUGAUGAUGUGCAUGAUGAUGAUGACGAUAAUAGCGAUAGACUCUUUGGAAUCAGAAGACCGGGGAUGGCCAAAAUGAUGGUGAUAACGAAUCAUUGGAAUCAUCUCAAAAUGGUGAUGAUGAUGAUGAUGAUGAUGAUGACGAUGACGACGACGAUGACGACGACGAUGAUGAUGACGAUGAUGAUGAUGAACAGGACAAUGGCGAUAUGAAUUGUUGGAAUCAGAAGACUGGGUAUGAAGAAAGGGAUCUGGGCGGUACAGUCUACUGGGAUAAGAAGAGAAGCGAAGACAGGAGAGUGGAUUUCAAAGGUUCCAACCGCAUGAACGGCAGUGAGCAGAAGGAGGGCGAGGACGACAGUGUUGAAAAAGCUCAUAAUGGGCAGGCGAGGAGAUGGGAUUGGAGAGUUCCUUGGUACUGCGAGAAAAUGUUGUGUGUGUGUGCGUGUGUGUGUGUGUGUGCGUGCAUGGGUGUGUGUGUGUGUGUGUGUGUGUGUGUGUGUGUGUGUGCGCGCGCGAGAGAGAGAGAGAGAGAGAGAGAGAGAGAGAGAGAGAGAGAGAGAGAGAGAGAGAGAUCAUUGAAUCAUCAUUGAGUCAUUGAACAGAGAGAUCAUUGAACCUUCACUGAGGGCUCACAGAGCUCCAGGAAAUGUUAUUGAUGGAAUCAAAGCCAGUUACCUUG